CCCCUUUCCUGGGCAUGCGCGCUCCUGCUCUUGUGGGGUGAGUGCUGAGAAAAGGUGAGCACCCCGAGAGUUCAGCAUGAAUUGGGGGUCCUGAAGGGACCAUUCCACGUCGCCCCCCUUGGCCAACCCUCUGGCUUGCUCAGUAAAUUCGAUCCUGUCGCUUUAAGAAGUCUCGCCACUUUGAGGCGGAAAGCCCGGAUGUGGCUGUGAUUGGGCGGGGCGUCCGGGUGACCUCACUCGGGGUACAAAAGGGCCCGGGUGGCAGGCGCCGGGGCAGAGCGUCCUAGUGGUGUCACGACGUAGGUGGGCACGCGGAGAGAGGCGUGAGCGAGCGCGGCGCCCCCGAGAGCACCUGCGCCCUGUCCGACCCCGCCCGGGAAGCCCCCACCACUCUCGCUGCAGCCGUCGAGCCGCCAUGGAGGUGCAGAAGGAGGCCCAGCGCAUCAUGACCCUGUCGGUGUGGAAGAUGUACCACUCCCGCAUGCAGCGCGGCGGGCUGCGACUGCACCGGAGUCUGCAGCUGUCGCUGGUCAUGCGCAGCGCCCGCGAGCUCUACCUCUCCGCCAAAGUGGAAGCCCACGAGCCCGAGGUGCCCUUAUCACCCGCCCGCUCCCCCGACCCUCGCCUGCACCCGCCGCGGGAAGCGGAAGCCGCGAGCGAGGCAGCGCCCCCGGACGGGGAGCUUCCGUCUCCGGAGCCCAUGGACACGCAGGAGGCGCCAAGCGCCGAGAUCGCCCCGGCGCACUCGGGCCCGACCCCCGCCAAAGUCAGCCGUAAGAGGCGGAGCAGUAGCCUCAGCGACGGCGGGGACGCCGGACUGGUGCCGAGCAAGAAAGCCCGUCUAGAAGAAGAGGGCGAGGAGGAAGGGGCGUCCUGCGAGGACCCCCCCGGCCGCUUGCAGGCCCCCGCCGCGCAAGCCGAGGGCGCCUUCCCCAGCCUGGCGCGCGUCCUGCAGCGGCGCUUCUCGGGCCUUCUGAACUGCAGCCCCGGCGCCCCCCCGACGGCGUGCGAGGCGAAGCCGGCCUGCCGCCCGGCGGACAGCAUGUUGAACGUGCUGGUGCGGGCCGUGGUGGCCUUCUGAGGGUCCCCCGGAGCGGCGCUACCGGAGCCCAGUGCGCGGGCCGAACCGUCGGCCGGACGGCGCAGACCCGAGGCGAGGCGCCACCCUCACCCCCGGGGGAGCGCCCGCGGGAACGGUGAAGAGGAGCUGCCGAGAGGCUCGGAAAGGGACUCCGCCCCCGGGGAGCCGUCGCCAUCUGCGCGCCCCCGGAGGGAGGCACCGAGGUGUGUGGGGCGCGGGCGCCCACAGGUGCUGGCGGACACGGCCCGGGCACGCGGCCGCCUUCCGGGCCCGGGAGAGCCGGGAACGCCCGGUCUUUUCCGGCCUCUGCUCAGGCCCCGACUCGAUGCUGACGGCGGCGACGAAUUCCUUCUCCACAAUAGUUGGCGGCGCGGCCGCGGCCACUCCCAUCCCCCGCCACGGACACACUUGUGCAAGCGCGCGGCGUUGCAUCACGGGGCAGACGUGGGGAGCUUCCUGUCGCCCUGCGUGGGUGUGGGGCCUGGGACAAGGCGCCCGGGUGCAGGACACCCUCGGGGCAGGGCAGGGCCUGGCAGCCCUGGAGCGGGGGAAGGGGCGCGCGUCAGUUGGUGCGUUUGGACACCAGCUGGGGGCCUCCCGCAGACUGUAUCCACGCCCCCCCCCACUCUCCCGGGGCCCCCGGUGGGACACGGGCUGGGGAAAGGGGGCCCUCGAGCUCCCAACGGCUAAACUGGGCCCAGUGGUGAGUUUGGGCGGCGGCAGCGGGGCCGUUGGCGGUGCUGGGCUGCCCCAGGCUCCGUCUCCCAGCCCCAUGCUCGUGGCUGCCG